AUGGAGUCGAAACUAGGGGAUCUCGUGGGACUGGCAGAGUCCUCGACAAAGGCUUUGGUCAAUAAAUCAAAUACAGCUUCUGAAACGCAAGUCGUGGAUGCGGCUGCUGUAUGGGAGGAUGUUCCAGAUCCGGAUGAAGACGAUUUGGAUGAUUUGGAUGAUUUAGAUGAUCUGCUCGAUGAGUUCAGCACUGCGAAACCAGAAACGAAAGCACCGGCGCCAGUAUCCACCGCAGCAACCAUUGGUCCUAGCAGGCCACCCGUCGCAGACAAUUCUCUCCCUGAGGGAGGUGAAGCACUACCUGAUGAUGAUUUUGCAAAGCAAUUACAGGCGGGCAUGGCAGAAUUGAUGGGAGAACUCGAAACAUCUCCGGAAAUGCAGGCACAGUUUGAGAGUAUGUUGAAAGAGAUGGGUGACCUUGAGGAUACGGGAUCCGCACCUCCGCCGCCAUCUGCGCCAAAACCUGGACCUGCGAAGAGUAAAGCGACUGCCGUUCCGGCUGGGGAAGAAUCUUUCCAGGAAAAGAUUAAGAAGAAUAUGGAGAGAAUGCAAGCUUCAGGGGAUCAGGCAACGGCUGCUGCUACGGAGGAUAAUUCGGAUGAUUUAAUGGCGGAAAUGAUGAAGGCUAUGCAGGCUGGUGGGAUGGAUGGUGAGGGCGGCGAGGAGGAUUUCUCAAAAAUGCUUCUGGGUAUGAUGGAGCAAUUAACCAAUAAGGAGAUACUAUACGAGCCGAUGAAGGAAUUAGAUGACAAAUUCCCGGCAUGGCUGGAGAAGAAUUCUGCGAGUACGCCUGCGGAUGAUCUGAAACGGUACAAGGAACAACAGGUAUUUGUCAGAGAGAUCGUGGCUAGAUUUGACCAGAAGACAUACAAGGAUGAGAAUGCCGCGGACCGGGAGUACAUAGUGGAGAGGAUGCAAAAGAUGCAAGCAGCAGGUUCACCACCCGCGGAUCUAGUUGGAGAUAUGGCUGCAGCCCAAGAAGCUUUUGCGGCUCCUGAAGAAGGUUGCCCGACACAAUGA